UCUUGCUCGUUGGGGCAAGGGCAGCUGGUUUGGGGCCCCCUACUAGUUGGGGGCCUAAGGCGAUUGCCUACUUCGCCUGAAUAGUAGAUCCGCCUAUGGACAUGACAUAACACAACACACUAAGUUACAUUUCACCUGCAGCAUAAAAAAAUAGGAAGCAAUUUUGCCGAUUUAGACAAUGUUUUUGCUGAAACAUUUCAGACAAAUAAAUGUAAAACAUUUUUUAACUAUACUGUAUAACAAAAUGACAUACCCAAAAGUUGACGAUAUUGUUUAAUGUUUUGCAUUUCGAACGAUUUGAUAAGAUCACUCUCUAACAUUUCAAUGUAUUGAUUCAGGUUGAUGUAUCAUCACACCCUUAUUUUUAAGGGUAUAAAUCCCUAUUUUCAUGCACAAAUUAUAUCAAUUCUUUGGACAAUGAGAUUUGUCGAUAUUACAAUUCUGCCACAAGUUGAUUCGGUGCAGGGCCUUUGAUCGAUCUAUCGAUCCAGUUUGAUAUAUCUCAUUACCCCCCUUACCAAUAUUAUAUGAUGUCAUCCAGUGAACUAGUGUAUUUUCCUUUCACAGGUAAAGGUGGUACCUCUACUUAUGAAAUUAAUUGGUUCUGGAAGUAGUUUCAUAAACUGAAAAUUCUAUAAGUAGAGAAGUGUUUUCCAUGGAAAUGCCCUAAUCUGUUCCAAGCCCCCCAAAAUUCUGACAUAAAUCUUUUAUAAAGCAUAAAUUGCAUCAAAACAUGUAACAAAUACAUGUUAAAAUUAGAUUAUCUCCAGGGGUGAAAGUGGCUAGAAUUUCUUGCCGGAACUCCCUGACAAAAAAAGUCACCAUGGUGACAGAGUUUUUUUUUUUCUAUUUACAUACAGUAGAGGUCCCUCUUAGCCAAUAGACCCUAUUCACGUGACGUCACAGCCACGCCCCCGCGCCAUGUUGUCCGGAUACUAGUCAUGUUAAUGCAUUAGCGCUUCGUAAAUUCCUCCUAUUAUGGCGUGUUUUUCUGCUCGUUAACAUUAAUAAUCAAAAUGGUGAAGUCGUGUGUGGCGGUCGGUUGCAAAAACAGAGAAGAUAGACGGAGAGACUUGAAUUUUUACCGUAUUCCGAGAGACCCGAAGAGGAGACGGAGAUUGACUGCUGCAAUUCGACGAGAAAACUGGGCUCCAAACGACUACCACAGAUUACGUAGUAGUCAUUUUAUAUCUGAAGGCGUCAUUGAUCCAGAGAAAAUGUGCUGGACUUCAUCAACACAGAUUGCCUUUUAUUCGUUUACUCAACUCUGACAAACCACCCAGAGGAUUUGAGAAAUUCUUCCCAAAGAGCGCAGGUGCCGCCGGUGCCAGUAAAUCAGCAGAAGAUAUAAAAAGCAAAGCGCAGGAACCGCUUUGUAAGCACCAAGGGGAGAUGAAAAACAAAGGCGAUGAAGGACACAGAGGAGGACAAAAGGAGGAAGAAUCAGAUUGGUGGACACGUUUUCAGGAUAAUUUUCCAUUGGACGAAAAAGCAUUUCGGAACAUUGCAAUUGGAGCGGCAGGCAUGGCCUCAGCAUUUUUCUACUUUUACUUCCGGGAGACUGGCAACCAGAUCUCCUGGAAGGAUUUUGUACAUCACUACUUGAAGAAAAGCUUAGUUGAUCACCUGGAAGUUGUCAAUAAGCAAUAUGUCAAAGUAAUUCCAGCCCGUGGGGUAAACACGUCAGAUGUGAGUUAUUUGUGGUUCAACAUUGGAAGUGUGGAUUCAUUUGAACAUAACCUGCAAGCAGCUCAACAGGAAUUGGGUUUGGAGUCCACAUGUGUAGUACCUGUCCUAUACACCAGUGAGAGUGACGGGACGCUGUUAUAUAGCGUACUCCCGACCUUACUUCUGCUCGGCUUCCUGCUGCUUGGAACUCGGCCGAGGCUGACUGGGGGUAGAGGACGUAUAAACCUCUUCAGUUUGAGCCAAUCCAAAGCCAAGAUCAUCAAAGACGAUGUUGGGGUUCGCUUCAAGGACGUCGCAGGAUGUGAGGAAGCCAAACUGGAAAUUUUGGAGUUUGUCAACUUCCUGAAGAACCCUCAGCAGUACCAGGAACUUGGAGCCAAGAUCCCUAAAGGUGCAAUAUUGUCAGGCCUGCCUGGAACAGGGAAGACCUUGCUCGCUAAGGCCACUGCGGGAGAAGCAAAUGUUCCUUUCAUUACUGUCAGUGGCUCAGAGUUCCAAGAAAUGUUUGUUGGUGUCGGCGCUGCAAGGAUCCGGGACAUGUUUGCCACCGCACGAAAAAAUGCCCCCUGUAUCCUCUUUAUUGAUGAGAUUGAUGCAGUAGGUAGAAAGCGGGGAAGCGGAAACUUUGGGGACCACAACGAACAAGAAAACACACUUAACCAACUACUAGUUGAAAUGGACGGAUUCAACAGCAGCACCAAUGUGGUUGUUUUGGCUGGUACCAAUCGAGUUGAUAUCUUGGAUCCGGCUCUGAUGAGACCGGGGCGCUUUGAUCGACACAUAUACAUUGGUUCACCAGAUUUAAAAGGCAGAGCUUCAAUUUUUAAGGUGCAUCUGAGACCUUUGAAGUUGCACCCAAGUGUGCAAGUUGAAGCUUUAGCCAGAAAUUUAGCUGCACUAACUCCAGGUUCUACUGGGGCUGACAUUGCCAAUGUUUGUAAUGAGGCUGCUCUGAUUGCAGCACGCCAUCGAAACCAGUUUAUCAUCACCAAGCAUUUUGAACAGGCAGUUGAUAGGGUGAUUGGAGGUUUGGAGAAAAAAUCUCAGGUAUUGCAGCUUCCAGAGCGGACCACUGUGGCGUAUCAUGAAGCUGGGCAUGCUGUCACUGGCUGGUUUCUAGAACAUGCAGACCCACUAUUGAAAUUAUCCAUUGUUCCUAGGGGAAAGGGUCUGGGUUACGCUCAAUAUUUGCCAAAGGAGCAGCACCUCUUCACGCAAGAGCAGCUCUUUGACAGAAUGUGCAUGAUGCUUGGAGGCCGAGUGGCCGAACAGGUUUUCUUUCGUCGGAUUACCACAGGAGCGCACGAUGACCUUCGUAAGGUUACGCAGUCAGCUUAUGCGCAGGUUGUACAGUUUGGAAUGAGCGAGGCCGUGGGUCAGGUGUCUUUUGAGCUCCCAGAGCAAGGUCUUUUUGUAACCGAGAAGCCCUUCAGCGAGCCAACAGCCCAACUCAUCGACCAGGAGGUCCGUCUACUCAUUGACUCCGCCUUCCAGCGAACGUUCCGCCUCAUCAAGGAAAAAAAAGCAAUGGUGGACAAGGUAGCAAAACGUCUCCUGGAAAGAGAGAUUCUUGAGAAGUCCGACAUGGUGGAGCUGCUGGGGCCACGUCCUUUUCGAGAGAAAUCCUCUUAUGAGGAGUUAGUGGAAGAGCUUGGGGACCCGGAGGAGGACACCUCCCUACCCGAGGGCCUAAGGAACUGGAACAAAGACUCAUGGGACAAAAAGCACUUACAGAAUGAACUAAACAAAACAUCUGCUUAUUUGAUUCAAAGGAGAUAACCAUGUGGAUUUCUUGGUAAGAACCAUGCUGAUCAUGUUUGUCAUUUAAUUAUUUUAUGGAUUUGCUAAAAUCCAAACUGGUAUUUCAAUAACAUUCAUCUUUACCAAGUGCACUUAAUAAGCUAUAAUCACCAACAGUAUUAAUUCAUAUUCCUCUUUCACUUGAUGGCUUCAUUUUAUAUGAUCUUUACUCAUUAGCUGCCAUUUAUGGCAAUAGACGUCCAACUGAUUUUCACUUUGGGAUUUCAACUUUUAUUCGUUGCCUACUCUCCCAGUCCAAAAAAGAUUGGACGCCUAUCACCAUCAAUGGCUGUUAAUGAGUUAAAUUCACCUUGCCUUAAGUAAAAGACUAACAUUUUUACAGUGUAAAUACAUUACCAGUCAUCACAGGUGGGUAGUAAAGCGUUACAUGUACGCCAUUACAUUUACUUGAGUAACUUUUUGAGAAAAAUGUACUUCUAAGAGUAGUUUUACUAAGCCAUACUUUUUACUUUUACUUGAGUAGAUUUUUGAAAAUAAAACGCUACUCUUACUCCGUUACUUUGGGCUACACAAGAGUCGUUAUAGUUUUCCUCUUUAUUCUACAUAUUAGUUUUUUUUUUUUUUUUUUGCCAGCUAUGCCAAGAGUAGCAUGACUAAUUUCACCAAUGAGACGUUGCAAAAUAAUCACAUGAAUCCAUUAAACCAAUCAGACACAACCUUGCCGUUCUAUGAUCACGCCAGCCUGUUCAAUCACGUGUCGUCUUUAAAGCACUGUAAAAUGACGUAGAGCGCUGUCAUCAACAUGACUCGAAAGCGCAGAUUUAAACCUCUCCCCCAGUUUUUAUUUGGCACCGAUUGACCACGGAAAACCGGAGAUAUGAUCCUUUUAAUUUCAUAUGACUAACUAUGAAGGAACUAUUCAAACUAGGAGCUAUUUUCUCCACCAGAAAGCACUCAUGCCUCUUGCUCGAAUAAUGCUUCAUUUCUGUCUUUAAUGUGGUUAUGUAAUGGGUUAUUGUACAGUAUCAUUAUAACAACAGUUCAUAAAAAAUAUCGUUGUUUAAAAAAACAAAAAACAAAAAUCAAACAAAAAUAAGCAGUUACACACAAUGUUACUCAUUACUUGAGAAUUCUUUUCACUUUUUUACUUGAACUUGAGUACGUUUUUUUGGAUGACUGUUUUUACUUAAGUCAUAUUAUUUUGAAGUAACACUACUCUUGGGUAAAAUUUUUGGCUACUCUACCCACCUCUGCCAGUAAUACAUCUUUAAGGGCCUGAUUUGCUAAAAUCCCUAGACAAUAAGUGGUCAAUUUUGCAUUCAACAGGUUGCGUGCAGGCCCUAACUUUCUGCAAAAUUCAUUAAAAUCACUCAAGUACUGUACUAGAAUCUCACUACCUCACAGACAGUUAAACGAUCCACCUACUGUAUAACAACAAGUACAUUUAAAAAUAACCACAGCCUAAUGUAAUGUGGUUAUGAUAGAUUACGUGUUGCUCUAAAAUAGGAUUCCAGUUGUUUUCAAUUGAGUUUGUACACAGAGUAAACAGCAUAGCAGCUGUGCUCUAUAAAAACACUUUGGGUCAAGAGUAUUAACAUGUUUGACCUAGUUUACUGCAUAGUCAGCUUUCAGUUUGAUAGAAAAUUUACAGGUUGCAAAGCAUCCCCAUAAUGACAAAACAUACAACAAAGUAGUUUUCCAAAAUGUUUAAUUUUUCCUCCCAUUGUCACUCACGUCAUUCAGGAUGAUCAUCAGUCCAGGUAUAGAUGAGCUAAAUUGAUUAAAAACUCAUCAAUAACUAGGCUGUCACAUCAGUUUGUUGUUGCGUAUAACAAGUGUUGGCACUUGAUUGUGUUUGGCAUUCAUGCAUAUUCACAUUAAAAUUGUCAUUUUUCCAUCAUUUGGACUCGUCAUUUGGAAGAUGGUGAAAAUGAUUUCAUAACCUUCCCCCAAAAUGAGGCUAACAAUCUAUGAUUUAGACAAUUGUCAUAAUAGCACACCACACCCUCGUCCUGCCUUGGCUCAUUUUUCUGGCAUUUAGUAGGUACUGUUACUACCCUGUCUGUCACUCCAAAACAAAGCAUUAAUCUUCAGCGUGAAACAAGAGAGGAGAAGGAAGAACCACGUGACUGUGCACCUGCUGUGUGUCCAGAGUUCAACGUGAACUCAUUUGUUCAUCAGCACAGUCAGUGGCCCGGUGGUACUGUAUGCUCUGUUGUUGGCUUUUCACUCUGAACUUCAUUCCGGCUGAGUCGCACACGCCACCUCAAGGUUGCUUUGGCCUCUCCAGCUUCAUUAAGGGCUCUGCGGUGGUGUCCGAGUCGCUGUGGUGCUUUCUUUCUCGGGGGAGCUCCACCUUGCUGCAGCGUGUCCAUGAGGGAGAGCGCAUGUACCCGCCUUUAACCAGCACAGCCUGCUGGGAACCUAGCACAAAUACAUGCAUUGAUGGGUCAUCACUAGGAGACAAAAAUCAAUGCCACCCACCUGAAGAUUUAAGGCCAUCCCACUGCUU